GUCGUUGACGCUUUUUCUCGUGUUUACACAACAAUAAAACACACUUUACAGUUUAUUAAAGCGACAAUCUGCGACUAGUUUCUGCAUUGAGUUCACCUCUAUCUGUGUGUCUGCUGACCAAAACAAUCCAGCAGGCAGAGAGCAGCUCUGAGAUGACAAUAUGAUUGGGUUUUUUGUGUCAGUGUGUUUGAGUUUGUAACAUAGUAAUGAUUUGUGAGUGGGAAUUUACUAAAGCAGAUAUACGACUUUUAAUCCAGAAAACUACAAUUAAGUUUUUGGCGCUCUUUAUUUUCUAAAUAGAGGUUAAGUUGGUUUUAUAUUAGGAUAUUGAGACAUUCUCCUUAAUAUAAAUUCAGAAAAGUAUUAUUUGCAAAUUCAAAAUAGGGGAAUCACAUUAGAAGCAAAUGACUAUGAAAGUACAACAUUUCACAGUGAAGAUAGUGUUAAUGUUGUUUAGAAGUCAUUCUUGUAUGCUAAUUCCGACUAAAUAUUCAAAUUAGCAUGGUAAACAAUAUAGAGACUUCUAAAUGAACGAAUGUGCGAAUAUAAAACCAACUUUACCUCUUUAUUUUCCAACGGUUUUUCUAAUUUUUCAGUUUCUGUAGAGACGCGCGAUUGCUCACAAUCUGAUUACGUUAUUGGUGUGAAUACUUAAACUGUAUAAGGAUAAAUGCAAAAGGUUUUUAAAUGAAUUACAAUUAUGAGUUUAUCCUACAAACACUCAUUAUAAAAUGAGCUGAUCUGCUGCUGAUCCUUAAUGUUUACUAAGUGUUUAAAGUCUGACAUUCAUCAAUAUUCAGAUCUACAAAUUCAAGGUAAUGUUAUUGUUAUCACCUGACCUUAUCAAAUCACAUAAUCACAUUGUAUAAUAAGAUAUAACAUCAUAAUGUUUAUUUCCUCUAUCAGUGUAAAUGAAUCAGAUUUCUCUGUUUGUUCUCCUGAAGCUCUGCUGUCAUCAGUGAAAGACAAAGACAGAGUUUAUUGAAGGACAGUGAGAAGAUGAGUGAUCCAGAACCCUGCAGAAUUAAACAGGAAGAGACUGAAGAACUAAUAGAUGUGAUGGUGAAGGAGGAGAGUGAAAAACUGAGUGGAGAUGAGGAGAAACAUCAUGUCAAGAGGGAAGAAGACACUCAAUCAGAGACUGAAAGAACAGCUGUGAAAUGUUUCACCUGCACUCGGUGUGGAAAGAGUUUCAGCCUCAAAAUGACUCUCAAGCGUCACAUGAUGAUCCACACCGGAGAGAAACCCUACAAGUGUUCCCACUGCGACAAGAGGUUCAAUCAUUCAGGAAACCUGAAAUCACACAUGCUGCUCCACACUGGAGAGAAAACACACAAGUGUGAUCAGUGCAGCAAAACAUUUUUGAGGGCUUCAGAGCUGAAGAUCCAUCUUAGACUACAUUUAAACCAGAGGCCUUAUCCGUGCUCUGAGUGUGGAAAGAGUUUUACAUUGCUAUCUCAUUUAAAAGACCAUCAGAAGAUCCACUCUGGGGUGAGAGAGUUUGUCUGCUUUGAGUGUGAGAAGACUUUUAUUACAGCUGGAACCUUGAACCGACACAAGAUGAUCCACACUCGAGAGAUACCUUACAAGUGUUCACGCUGCAUCAAAACAUUCAGACAUUCAGGACACCUGAAAAAACAUGAGAGGAGCCACACUGGAGAGAAACCGUUCACAUGUACUCAGUGUGGGAGAAGUUUCACACGAUUAUCAAACUUUAAUAAACAUGUGCAGAUCCACAGCGAGGGAACAAUCACAAACUAAAAAAGGCUCAAUGAAGUUUCCUUUCCUCCAAACUGUACUCCGUUCACAAACUUUAGAUUUCUCAGUUAAUCAGCCCCUGUUAUACAUUAUAAAAGGUCCUGUUGUGGUUUUGGGGUCUCCAACAACAGGCUGAUGUGAAUGCGUGGAUGCAUUUUUUUCAAACCCAUCUAUUGUGUGAUGCUAAUCUGUGGUGAUUGGUCCAAAGACCCAGUCUGUUGUGAAAACUGUUCAUUAAACGAACGCAAACAAUGCA